GCCACGGAAACCUCGGCUUUUCCCUCCCCUUCCUGGUUACGCAAACACACCGCCUGGCGGGAGAAAGCGGCUCUGUUUGGGAAAGGAGGACUCAUUGAGCCCUCCAUUUUGGCUGAGGGGAGCCCAUCGCUGGCUGGAAAAGGCGCCCUUUGGACAAGGAGAAAUACGCCAUCAACUUUCUUUUGAUCAUGGACCAUCGAUAUGAAGAUGUAUCAGACUGUGAAGUGGAUCACUCCUUUUUUGACAGUGACUUUGAGGAGGAGCUGAAGAAAAAAGGAACCACAACAAAAAUAGAUGGGGAAAAUAGUGGUGAAAUUCCACAAACAGAAGAUACAGUUGAGAGUAAUACUAACAUGAAUAUCGAAACUAAAGUGGUGGAAGGUGGCUUGAUAGAAGAAGAAAAACAAGAGAAAGAGGCAGAAUUACAAAAGGAAGACACUUUGAUUAGUCAUGCAUAUCAACCUGAGAAUGCCGCAUCCUUGGCGUCCCUCAAUUUAGAAAAUGCAAGUUCAUCAGGUACAAAAUCAGCAGAAGGUAGCAGAAUGCAUGAAAAAAAUAUUCCAAGUAAGAUUCCUGAAAUAGAUAAAAAAUGUGAAGUAAAUUACUAUACAGAUGAAGAAGACAGCAGCGAUGACAGCAGAAACCAGAAAGUUAGGCUCAAGUUGUGUAAACAGUCAAGUGGUGCAAAGGGUAGCAAGACCAUUGCAGUCCAUGCCUCUUCCUCCUCCUCUUCAACUUGCAGUUCUGAUACAGAUGGUUUAGACACAGACGAUGGCUUGUCAGACUCUUCAUGUUCUUCUUCAAAAAAGAACAGCAUGUAUAGCCUAGCACUACUUUCUCCAAAACAAAAAACUGCCCCAGGUAUCAAGUCAGUGGAAAUCAAACCAAAGCUAGGCGACGAUGCAGAAGAAUCAGAAGACACAGUGACCGAUGUCACUCCUCUUUCAACACCAGAUAUCAGUCCCAUCCAAUCUUUUGAAGUUGCAGCAUCCAAUGAUAAGAAGCUGAAGGUUAAAAGGCAAGAAAAUGUGAGCCAGGAAUUAUAUGAACCAGACCUGGAUCACAGAUGUCAUCAAAAGGUCCUGAACGAAGCUCUGGACUUGAAUAAUCUUUUGAAAGCUUUUCUGCAGUUGGAGAAAAAGGAACAAGAGAAGAUGGUCUUGGAUCAGUCUUCUCUAGGGUCAAGAAAAAACUACUCUUUCACAAAUGAUGAAGUGCGACAAAUUGAUCAGGAAAAUCAACGGCUCUUAAAAGAACUGACAAAACAAGCUACAAAACCCAGAAGCAAAAGUGCAUCAAUGAAAAAACCUUCAGGCCCAACGGCUAAGAUGUACCACAGUGCCAUCAACAGGCAGAGGGAACAACAAAGGAUUGAUAGAGAGAAUCUGGCUUUUUUGAAGAGACUUGAAGCAGUGAAACCCACAGUCGGUUUGAGGCGCUCAGAACAACUCAUGGACUAUCAACGGCAAAUGAGUUACCUUAGUGCUUCUCCUACUCCUAGAAGAGGGAAGUCCGCUUUAAGCCAUCAUAGCCCUUCUCGAGUCGCUUCACGACCAUCCAGCCACAGCGCAUCCAGUACAAUAAGCAGGAGGAGUGAAAGACCAGUUUUUGACUCAUCCAGAAGUUCUUUGCAGCGAUUGAACCCUACUAGCAUCCGUGGUGCCUGGUUAUAAGUUUAGAUGCAUUGCACCACCAGAUUUCUAAUUCUGACGUUUUUGCAGAUUGCUGUAAUUCUGUAUAAGAGUAUUGUAAUAUUCACCAUUGGUGAAUAAAGGACACCCAGAAGUGAUAUUAACACCAAAGGGAAACAACAUUGGUUAAAUUAUUUUGUUUUAUUUAAUUGCAGGCAAAUUCUCUAUUCCAUCUCUUGAAUAGUAUUUUCUCAAUCAGUAUUUCCUCUUAAGAGAUGUUUAUACAGAAAAAAAUUGGCAAUACUGUAAAUCUUCUUUAUAAUCUUUUAAAUCUUCCAUUAAAUUUAGAUUUGAUAAUUGCCACAUUUUGGGACCAGAAGGGGAAACUGCUUUCCAUUAUCUUUUACAAUAAAUAUUCAUGCCUGUUUUUAAGUCUUGAAUUUUGUUUUCUUAUAUAAUGAAUGUAGCUGCCAUUUUUAAUUCAGCGUAAUCUAUUUAUGCAGCCUUUUAGUAUAAAUCAGUAGUGUUUAUGAUAAUGAUAUAUACAAUCUUAAUGGUAACUGGGGAGAGAGCAUAUGUCACACAGUUACACUGUUAUUUAUUGUUGAGCAUUCAAAUGCUCAGGUGGCCAUGAAAUGAAUCCUUUUGAAAGCGCCAAUUCUGUGCUUUUUUCCAUAUUUGCAUUCCAAGAACAAUUUCAGUCUAUUCAUGCUUAAUUUCAUCCAUUUUCUGCAAUACUUCACAAACUGAAUCCAAAUUCAAUGAAGCAUCUUCUGUUGUGCAUUAAAUUCAGAACAUUGACAGUUUUAAUGUCUUAAGUGGUAUGUUUUCAAGCAAAUAAUGUGGAAGAGUGGUCUCCGUAAGGGCUUUAUCUUUGGUUGGCCUUGUAACGUGACUUUUGGGUAGCUCUGACUGUGCAAUAUAUGUGCAGAAUUAUGCUGAUUGUUCAGUGAUGUUUCUUUAAUAAAUACCAAUGAGCAGCUAUGUUGUGAAUGCACUUUCUAACUGCAAGCACUUUUACAUUUUUCAGUGACAUUUUCCUCUUUGAUAAAACAUUACAGCUUGUACUAGUUUUAAAUAAUGUAGUUGUAGCAUUGUACUUGGUUGGUUAUAGCAGAUUUGUAUGUCAGUCUUUAAAAUCUAAGUAAAAUAACUAAUUAUCCUAGUGUUCAGCAUUGCACUAUAUUCUCAACAAUUUACCUUUGUGUUGUAACAAAAUCAACACUAUUGAGUUCUAAUUUAAUAAAGUGUGUCUUUCAGUUGUCCA